AUGGCCGCCGUCCAACCGUUAAUGCCUGAACCGCCCCUCGGGCCGACACCAUCCGUCACAUUGAAUGGUUCAGAACCCGUCGCCAUGGACCUCGACCGACCGAAUCAAAGCCCAGUCAUGAUCAACGAGAGUACAUUUGGGAGUACGCCGGCAAGGGGAGACAACAGGAUUGUCGCCAUCGUCUUUGGACCCGGACAGGAUCACAUUGUGUCGGUUUUCGCAGAAGUCUUGGGAACGCCUUGCAGGAUAAGAGAUGGGUUCGAGCACGUUUCAGCAGAGGAUCGUGGGUUUGUCGUGGGCGUUGCGGCAGGCGAGGCGAAAGGAGAUGUCGCUGCGCGCAACCAGGAGCUUGUCGUUGCCAUCAACGCUCACUCGCUCAUGGCGAAGCCGAGGACUUACUUUAUCUCGACCACAUUCCCAGACGUUCACGCUGCUCUGCCAAACAUCGACAUCUUGACUGUUGGCGCAGAUGCCGUCGAGAUUCGGGUUGAUCUACUAAGAGAACCAACCGGAGACGGCAGUUUCUCAGAAGUGCCCAGUCUCAGUUAUGUUGGCGAGCAGGUAAUGCUUCUGCGCCAGCGGACAGAGCUCCCUAUCAUUUUCACGACCCGAUGCACAAGGGAGAAUGGGAGGUUUCCAAUGGACAAACCCGAGAUCUACUACGAAUACCUCUAUCGUGCCAUCCAAUGGGGCGUGGAAUACAUCGACGUAGAGUUGUGGUUGCCCGAGGAAAUUCGAAAGAAUCUAUAUGAGCGCCGGGGCAACUCGCGCAUCAUGUCGGCCUUUCAUGACUUUUCCGGAACCUUUCGAUGGCCAUCCAAGUAUGCCCAGGAGGUGUUUGAGAGGUCAAGGCAGUACGCGGAUAUUAUCAAGAUGAUUGCCAUUAUUAACGAGCAUAACGAAAACUUCGAGCUGGAGUAUUUCCGUUCCAAGAUGCGCGCCGAGUACCCCGACGCUCCUCCCUUUUCUGCAGUCAACAUGGGCGAGACCGGACAGUUCUCGAGAACAUUGAACCCCGUCUUUACGCCCAUCACACACCCGCUUCUUCCCAUAAUAGCUGCUCCCGGUCAGUUGAGCGCAGCUGAGAUCAACGCAGCCCUGUCUCUGCUGGGCCAGCUACCAAGAAAGCACAUCUAUGGAAUCAACAGCACAACCUCUGGAUGCGCCACCCCCAAGGCGCCAUUCUACGAAAAAUGUAUCAACGAACUAGGCCUUCCUCACCAUUUUGCCGUUGUCGAGAGGCACCCCAAUAACCCUGGAAGCAUGGAAGCUUGGUGCAACCAGAAGCAUUUCGGGGGCGCAUACCUCAACCCAGGGCUACCACAUCACACAUUGAUAAAGAACGGCCCCUUUUUCGGAGCAUUGAAUGGAGGCAACGGCCCAAUCCUGACUGAAGCCGCUCGCGCCAUUGGCGUGGUUGACACCAUUGUGGUGCAAUCUGGCUCCUCGUCAAGGUCGUCAUCACCCGGAUCAAUGCCGUCCAGUCCUCGUCAACGGCAGACCGACUCACUCGAUUCCAGCAGCCAGUCAGGUUUGGCACCGACGGCCUCUCUUGUCUUUGACAACGCGGGAUGGAAAGGAAUACUCAGUACACUUACACGCGACUUGGCUCCCUCUGCCUACUUUGGGCGCUCAGCUGUGGUGAUGGCCUCGUCAUCCGAUGAUGCUGCCCCGGUAUUCUUUGCCAUGAGGGCCCUCAGGAUUUCCAAGAUUUAUACGAUAGGCUUCCGCACGCCUACUGCUCUCGCUCGAAAUGCGCCUCCGAUCGAACCGUUCAUCAGCCUCGAGAGCCUUCAGCGUGCCCGGUCAGUGGGUGAUGACAGCGCUCCGUUUGUUAUUGUGUCGGCACUUGGCUGGGAGAAGAGUCAUCUGGUUGGCAUGUUGCUACGAGCGUUUGGAGCAGCCGGAUCGAGAGGGACGACGAACACGAAGAAGGUCUUCCUCGACUUGGCCGAUGGAGCAGCACGGAGGAGUUCGGAUCCAAGCCUGAUCGCCGACAAGAAUGGAUUUGCUGCCUACGGGGCAGAUGACGUUGCUGCUUUCACGACAGUAGAAAGUUUACGGUUACUUGUUGGACAGAACGUGCCGUACAGCUUCGUGCGGUUGGCAAGCGGUGGCCACCGAUACUGA